AUGACGGACAAUAGUAAAACAUUAAAGAAAGAAUAUGAUAUUUACAGAGAUAGUUUAUUGCGUUAUUUAGGAUAUUCGAAUGAAUUAGGAGAAUCUUUUAGACCGUUAAUAAAGAAAUCAUACGUACAUGCAUCUUAUGCUGUGGCCAUUGCUUAUGUCUUCGCUGAUACUGCUGAUAAAUCACUUAAGAGUUAUGAAAAAGAUAAAAAUUUAAUCAAGUCAGUUAAGAUUGGAAGUGAUGUGGUUAUUUGGCAAAUGCUGGCAUCUGUCAUGAUUCCUGGAUUCACAAUUAAUCGUAUAUGUUGGACGGUCGGUAAAGGCUUAAAGUACUCAAAGUUUAAGCAUCCACUAGGAAAAUGGAUUCCAACAAUUGUCGGACUGUUGUCAAUCCCACUAAUUAUUCGUCCAAUAGAUCGAGGAGUUGAUUUUCUUAUGGAUGAAACUUUCAGAAAAUAUGUUCAUUAG